GACCAGCCACCUGCAACCAACUUGCUCAUGCAGCCCACUUGCGAGCAAUGUUGGUCCUGGUGCUCAUACAGCUUGCGGCCGCGCAAGGCUUCCUGGGCGCCGCUCAGGAAGCGCCUCCGGAGCGAAGACUGGCAAUACAUGGAGCAGGGAUUGUGGAGAUUGCAGUUGUUUCCACAACAGAUUCAACUUCCAGCUACAGCAGCCCACAAACCACAACUUCCACCACGACCACGACGACGACGACCAUGACGACUUCAACCACCACGCUCCCUCCACCUCCGAUGGUGAUAGCAGAUCUUCCGUCGGCGAAGGAGCCUCUAACCACAACUACCACCUCCACAGCCACAGUGGAAACAGCUAUAGAACAGAAAAAGUUGACGACGAUGGAUCCGGAACAAAAUAUUUUGGAUCCAGACUAUUGGUAUGGUGAGCACCAUUGGGAUGGUGAUCUUUCAGGGCAGACAACGCCUACAACUACGCCUCUUACGACAGCUGCAGAGGAACUGCUGACUUCAGCAGAGUACCGAGGUCCGCCGACCCUUCCAGGUGCUGCAUGGACGACUAUUUCGCCGCUCAUCACUUUCCAACCCGAAGCAGGUCUUCACUGUCCAGAUGAGUGCAAAAAUGGCUGCCCUGCAUGUAGUUCGGAGUGCAUCGGCUGCAACUUUUGCAAUCCAAAGGCAUUUGGACCAUUCGGACAGGCUGCAGAGUUUUGUCCGGUUGACAUGCAGGCUUCGGCGGCAUCACAGAUGUUGCACUGGACAGAACCUCCAAGCCGUGGCGCAGAACAAGUGGGCACCAUGAAGAUGGAGGUGUCCUGCCGGGCCCCGUGCUUCGAAGUAUGGUUUUCAACAGC